AUGCCCUCUAAAUUGUGUCACUUAUUUACAAACAUUUAUCCUACUGUCAUGAAUAAUAAAAUAAUUAGUGUGAAAGAUGCAAGUUCAAAUCUUAAUGCAAUCGUUCAGUUAAUCAGUCAAAAUGAUGGUGUAAUAGCACUUCCAACAGACACUAUCUAUGGAUUAGCUUGUUCCGUUUUUAAUCCUGAAGCAAUUGAACGAAUACGUCGUAUUAAAGGUCGUUCAGAGACUAAACCUAUGGCUAUAUGUUUAGAUCAGGUAUCGCAUAUCUCCCACUGGUGUGAUACAAAAAAUAUUCCAACUGGUCUGCUAUCAGAUCUUCUCCCUGGUCCUGUCACUGUUUUAUUACCACGUUUUUCUGAUAGACUUCAGGAUCCAUUGAGCAAUCAUUUGCUAAACUCAAGCGACAAGCGUGUUGGUAUUCGAAUACCAGAUUCUGGUUUUAUACGUAAACUUAUAUCAGCUUUGAAUGAACAAACGAAAUUUUCAUCAAUUAUUGGCAAUAAUGUUGAACAUUCUAGUGGUUGUGAUAGGCACGAUAGUAUAACUAUUGGUGGUGGUCAUCCAUUAGUGUUAACCUCAGCAAAUUUAAGUGGACAACCGUCGGCGAUUCAAAUCGAGGAAUUUUCCGAAAUUUGGUCAUCCAUUGACUUGAUCAUCAAUGGUGGUCCCAUUCAAUCUGAUAUGUCCUCAAAAAGCUCCGAUUGUAGCCGGGCCGGUUCAACCAUUAUUGACUUGUGCAACUGUGACAAGUCUGUUUAUUCUGUAGUACGAAAUGGCAGUGCAUUCAAUUCAACGGUAGCCAUAUUAGAAGGUCGUUACAAUCUUUCUCUCGCAGACAAUUUUUCCAACAUAAACAAUUGA